AUGAAUAGAGAAAAACGCAGCAAUGCGGGAAACCGCAUGGCCAAACUGUUGGAUGAGGAGGAAGAAUGCCAGGAUGAGUUUUACAAGUUGAAUUAUGGGGGUUUUGACGAAACCCAAUCUGAUAGAGAAUAUGAGGCCGAGGAAGAAGGAGAUGAUAUUGUGGACUCUGACUUUAGUAUUGAUGAAAAUGAUGAGCCGGUUUCGGAAAACGAAGGUGAUGAAUCACAAAAGAAAAAUCGAAGGCUCGUCACAAAAGCUUAUAAGGAACCCAUCCCAACUCAGAAGAAAGAAAAACAGAUACUCAAGACAAAGCCACUCUUAUCAAAACCAAAAACUAGUUAUCAACAUAAUGUACAAUUAGGAAGAAAAUCAAUAAGAAAAUCCACUUUGGCAAAGACUGCAGAAACAGCUCAAAGAAUUAAAGUUCGAAAUCUGGAGCAGAGAAAGAAGGUGAGAAAAACUACAGUAGAAGAGUGGAUUCCCACUCAAGAAGAACUACUGGAAGAAGCCAAAUUCACUGAACAGGAAAAUUUGAAAUCUCUAGAAAAAUAUCAGAAAAUGGAAAGUGAAAAGAAAAUAAAAAGGCCUGCCAAGAAAGUUUAUUCUGGACCAAUGAUUCAAUACAAAUCAACUAGAAUGCCAAUUAUUGAUGAAAUGGACAAUAUUGAGGGAGAAGUGAAGAAUGAAGAUGGGCAAAGUGAAAAAAGAUAUUGUGAAAGGACUUUCAUCACUAUUCUAAAUGAUCCUAAUGAUGUUUUGUUCAAAAAAGUUUAUAAUGUUAAACCACCACCUGUCCAUCCCAAGAAGUUGAAAUGUGCAGUGACUGGUAUGCCAGCAAAAUAUAUCGACCCGGUUACUUGCGUCCCUUACCACAACAGCACCGCUUUGAAAAUAAUCCGACUGGCCUAUUACAACCAUUUGGAAAAUAAUGGCGACAAGAGCAAUACCAGAGUCGCCGAGUUUCUCAAAUGGUUGUCUCAGAACAAGAAGAAAAUCAGGAGCGAAUUGGUUGUACCAGAGCAGAAAGUUUAUUUUAGUUGA